AUGUCUUCACCAACUCUGAAGCUACUCAAGUCAGAUCUGUUCAAAUCAAUCCCUGAGCAUCUGACGAACGAUGAAAGGAUAGAACUCAGCUAUCACCGCGCCUACGCGGUUGCCAAGGCAUAUGGCUUGGAAGCAUCAGAUAUUCUCAAUCUGACCCCAAAGUUUUGGCAGAUUCACCAGGACAUGACCCUAUCUCUUGAUGGUGCAGCAUUUUUCUUAAUUUCACUUCAGUAUAAUAUUGCUGGAGCGACAUUCGCUAUGUUCGUGACAGAUCAACCUGGGUAUCAACCACUUUUGGAUCGUAUACUCAAGUUUGACGUCUCUAUGCAGUUUAUGCUCACAGAGGUUGGACAUGGGUUGGAUGCUCGGAACCUAGAGACAACGGCGACGUUGCUUCCAAGUGGCGAUUUCGAUAUUCAUACGCCCAACUCAAAUGCAGCAAAAUUCACACCUCCGAACUGGCCAAGAAAGGGCUUUCCUCAAGUUGCUCUUGUGUUUGCCCAGCUUCUCGUUUCUGGCGAUGAUUGGGGGGUCAGGCCAUUCGUCGUCUGGCUUAAUGAUGGUAAGAAUAUGUGUGAAGGAGUCACUGCCAAGUUACUCCCUAAACGAGCAGGAUCGAAACCAUUAGAUCAUGCCAUCACAAUAUUUUCACACGUCCGUCUACCCAGAUCAGCGCUUCUAGGACCUCUGAAGAAGCCAAACAAUAUGCAAGAGAGCUUCCUAUCAAUGACUCGGCGUUCUACUGUUGGUUCGCUAGCAGCCACUACGGCCCUGAUCCCACAAAUGAAGAGAGCAGUCUUUGUGGCUGGUAAGUACAGUCUGCGCCGACGGAUAAUGAGACAAAAUAGUAAACCUGUUCCCAUCAUCUCAUUCCGCACCCAACAACUCCCUAUACUGCAUGCAUUAGCACAGAUCGCGGUCUUCGACCCAUUCGCACAAGACAGCAUCCAACAAUUCAAAAGGUCGAACAGUACGCCAGCCAUCCAGCAAGUUAUCAGCGCCACAUUCAAGGCAGUGCUAUGCCAGGCCUCGCAGCCCAUGUUCCAUGCCUUAUCCGAGCGUUGCGGUGCACAGGGCUUAUGGGAUUAUAACCAAAUAAUCGGGCCACAACUAGAAACGCGUUUCGUUUCGAUCGCGGAGAGGGAUAUCUUAGCAUUGAGUAUCAAAAUCGGCACCGAACUCCUCCUCAACCGAUACCAACCCCCGUCCCCGACGAACCCAACAUGUCUCCUUGCCCAGCACGAGAAGGGUCUCUUCGAUGAGUCCCGCUCAAUACUGAAUGGCCUACAAGGAGGCCACCAUCACGCUGAAUUCAACUCGCUAAUCCUACCAAGAUGUCCAGCCCUCAUAGAGGCCAUCGGACAUCGAAGAGCCUAUGAAGCUGCCGCGAAGGCAGGCGUUGAUUCGGAUUUACUAGCCCUGUAUGAGAUUCAUGCUGUGUUGCUAGAUUUAAGCUGGUAUGUCCAACAUACCGAUAUCACUCGCGAAUAUAUCUUUCAGAAGGAGGCUCGUUUGUUGGAUACUCUGCUGCCUCGGCUAGAUACGUUACUGGAUGCCACUGGUGCUGGACCAUACUGUACGGCACCUAUUCUAUCGCAGGCUUCGUGGGAUGCUUUUGUUGAUGGGUUGGAGACGCUCGGAGCAGUAAACAUGACUAAGGAUAAGGCUAGGCUUUGA